CGCCACCAGGUGCAGAAGCGCCUGGAAGAAGCUUUACAAGCCCAUCAGAAGGAGAUGGAGAAGUUCUUGCAGCAAAAGCAUGCAGUGCAGGGAGAUAUCUGCAGCCUGAUGAAAGCAUCUGAGGAGCUGAACGUCAAGAUCCGGGCAGAGUUCACUCGCCUGCAUCAGAUCCUAGAGGAAGAGGAGAGAGCUGUGCUGGCAGAACUAGGCAAAGAGGAGGAGCGGGCACUGGCACGGCUGCAGGGGGAUGUUCACCAGCUGGAGGAAGGAAUGGCAGUGCUGCGGAGAGAUACGGAGCGCCUGGAGCAAACCCUGAGCAACAUGGAAGAGGUGUCAUUGUUGGAGGUGGAGAGCCUGGAUAUCAGGCCCUCAGUGAGUGUCAAGCCCUUGCCUGCCUUUGACCUGCAGCACUACAGGGACAGCCAUGGUGGCCCUUUGCAGUACAUCUUCUGGAGGAAGAUGCUGCGGUCCAUCUGCCCUGUUCCAGCCUCACUCACCUUUGACCCUGAGUCAGCCCACCCCAACCUGGUCUUCUCCAGAGACCUGACAGCGGUGACAGAGCGGGAGAGAGCCCAGUCUGUCCCCAGGAGCUCCCGGCGCUUCCAGCAGUGUGUCAACGUCAUGGCCUCGCGCAUCUUUGUCUGCGGCCAGCAUUACUGGGAGGUGUGGGUGGGCAACAAAACCAAAUGGGACCUGGGGGUGGCUGCUGAGGCUGUGAACCGGGCAGAGAAGGUGAAGCUGUGCCCAGAGAAUGGCUACUGGACGCUUCGCCUGAGGAACAAGACGGAGUACUGGGCCACUGCCACCCCCUGGGUGCGCCUGUUUCCCCAGCAGCCCCCCCGCAAAGUGGGGGUCUUUCUAGACUGCCAGGAGGGCACCGUGGCUUUCUUCGAUGCUAAGGACAUGUCCCAUCUCUUCACCUUCCACGAGGUCUCAGCAGAGAGGUACUGCCCCUUCUUCAGCACCUGCUUCAGCGAUGGCAGGGACAACGUGGAGCCCAUGCGCAUCUGCCACCUGGCUCUGUGAGCGCUGGAGGGAGUGGGAUGCUGUGCCCCUGUGGCAUCCCCAGAAACUCCCCUCAGUGUGGGACCGGCGCCACUUCCCCGCCUCCACUCCCGUGUUUAAAGUAAGCAGUGGACUAGAAAAGCGUUUGCAGUGCCGUUUAAGAGCUUUUUAACCAGGUGCCGUCUGCCGGCAGCAGAGGGAGCUCUGUGCACGGCAUUGGGCCGGCAGCAAUCCGAGAUACCGGCGCAGCUCUCCUCUGCUUGGCCAGCGUUAAAGCUUGUUAGAAAGGCUCCUACGUCUGUACCUGCUCCUGGAUUGGAGGCUGUGGGGUUCAGCUAGACUGGAGUGCAGUACAGCCUGGGGCAUGGCAGCCUUGGACUUCCAGAGGGGGAUGCCCAGCAGAUUGGCUGUGAUUUUAGGCCUGCGAUAUGUGGAAUUGUGUGUAUCCCUCUGAAGGGUCAAAGCAGAGGCUAAGUGCAGCCCAAGGUGCUGGCUGGAGCCUGUGAAUUCCUCUUCAGUGAGGCUCAGCUUUCUUCGUCCAUGCAGAACAGAACCCCAGGUGCUUGCAGCACAUGCUGCUGAAACCUAUCACCUCUCUGAACUGCCUAAAACCACAGGAGAAGUGGCAGCUAUCCCUGAGGUGUGCUGACAGCAGAGCUGGCAGGCGAUGAGUGCAGCGGGGAGGAGGAGGCAGCCAGCUCUGCUGCUGCCCGUGCUUCAUGUGGCUGCACGAGCUGUGAGCAGCUCACUGCGGUAUGUGCCAGAGAUGCCGCCACCUACUCCUUCCUAUUGCCAAAAGCAGAGCUGAUGAGCAGCAAAACCUGCUUGUCCCAACUGCCUGUGCUAGCAGGCUCCUGAGGUAGCACGCACUCCUCCCCGUGCUGUGCUGCAUGCAGGGACAACAGCAUGCUGCUUGCUAGCAGAACUGUGUUUUGAGAUGUAAUGUCCUUGCCUGAUCCUGCCAGGAGGGGAGAGCCUUUGCCCUCCCCAGAACAUGGGUGGUGUGUUCCUACGUGCAGGGAGACUGCUGCUCCAAGCUGCUGUAUGUGCAGCCUCAACCCUGUAUGUAAAUACUGUCUGCCUCUAAACGCUAUCUCAGAAAUGCAUUUUGCUAAUAAACCAUAGCACUGUGGAGCAAAAACA